UCAUCUUCUUCAACCUCUCGUUUUGUGAUAUCCGGACGCCUGGGUUCACUGAGCUCCGACCCGGGAAAAUGGCCUACGCGACCGCAAAAAUCACCGAACUGCCCCUGCGCAACGCUCUCCCGGGCACCUCCUCCAGCUCCGGCAAGAGCUCACUCCACCUGCUCUUCGCCUCUCCGAGACCGCCGCGGCCUCGCGCUCUCGAGCGGCGCUGUCUUUGCCAGUCUCUCCGCACGACCAAUCCUCAAAACGCUAGCUCCUCCCAUAGAAGAAGCGGCGACAAGCCGCACUCCGCUCCGUGGCUCAACAAGUGGCCGCCGCCUCCGAGCCGCGAGAUCGACGGGAAAUCCCCCGGUAAGGUCGCUGACUCCGAUUCUCGCAGCGAGGUUGAGCCUAGGUACUCUGGUAACGACAGAGGCCAAAAUGCGAUCGAGAGGAUUGUGCUCAGGCUGAGGAAUUUAGGAUUGGGGUCGGACGAUGAAGAGGAAGCGGACGGAGAGGAGGGAGAGGGCGAAUUCGGAGCCGCCCCGCCUACUGGAGACGAGAGGCUAGGUGACUUGUUGCGUAGAGAGUGGGUUAGGCCGGAUAGUUUCCUUGAGGAGGAUGAGGGCGGGGAGGACGAUGCAGGGUUGUUGCCAUGGGAGAAAGAAGUCAAGGGAGAGGUUGAACAGAAGGUCGUCGGGGACAGGAAGAGGUCGGUGAAAGCGCCUACAUUGGCGGAACUUACCAUUGAGGACGAGGAGCUUAGGAGGUUGAGGAGGAUGGGAAUGUAUAUUAGGGAGAGGAUUAGCGUCGCGAAAGCGGGGAUCACGCAGGGGGUUUUGGAGAAGAUACAUGACAAGUGGAGGAAGGAGGAGCUUGUGAGGCUUAAGUUUCAUGAGGUGCUCGCCCACGAUAUGAAGACAGCACAUGAGGUCGUCGAGCGUCGAACAGGGGGAUUGGUCAUAUGGAGGUCUGGCAGUGUUAUGGUGGUGUUCCGUGGGAAGAACUAUGAAGGCCCUGCUUCAAGAUCCCAACCGAUUGUGAGGGAAGGUGAUGCUCUUUUUGUCCCUGAUGUUUCUUCAGCCAACAGACCAGUUGCAGAAAAUGGCGAUGAUGUGAAGCCAGAAUGUGAGAAGAGUGAAGUGUCAGUGAGGAGCCCAGUGCUAAAGGAGAGCUUGACAGAAGAGGAAGUAGAAUAUAACAGCUUGUUAGAUGGCUUAGGCCCUCGUUUCGAAGAGUGGUGGGGCACUGGAGUGCUUCCGGUUGAUGCGGAUCUACUUCCUCAAAAGAUUCCUGGUUAUAAAACACCGUUUAGGCUUCUUCCCACCGGAAUGCGUUCGCGACUGACCAAUGCUGAGAUGACCAACUUACGGAAGAUGGCAAAGUCACUUCCUUGUCAUUUUGCCCUAGGGAGAAACAGGAACCAUCAGGGUCUGGCAGCUGCUAUAAUUAAGCUUUGGGAGAAGAGCUUAGUUGCAAAGAUUGCUGUUAAAAGAGGAAUUCAGAAUACGAAUAACAAACUCAUGGCUUAUGAGCUGAAGGAUUUAACUGGGGGUGUCUUACUACUUCGAAAUAAGUAUUACAUUGUCAUCUAUCGUGGGAAGGAUUUUCUUCCUCCUACUGUAGCUAUUGCUUUGUCAGAAAGACAGGAAUUGGCAAAGCAGAUACAAGAUGUUGAAGAAAAACUUCGGACUGGAACAGUUGAUGCUGCUCCAUCCAAGGAAGAUGGCCAUGCACUAGCAGGUACUUUAGCUGAGUUCUAUGAGGCUCAAGCCCGAUGGGGCAGAGAGAUAUCUACUGAGGAACGUGAAAAAAUGAUCAAAGAAGCUUCCAAGUCCAAGAGUGUUAGACUUGUCAAAAGAAUUGAGCAUAAGCUAGCUCUUGCACAAUCAAAGAAACAAAGGGCUGAGAGACUCUUAUCUAAGAUAGAAGCAUCGAUGGUUCCUGCUAGUCCUGAUGAUGACCAGGAAACUAUCACCGACGAGGAACGGACUAUGUUUCGCAGAGUUGGUUUAAGAAUGAAGCCUUACCUGCCUCUUGGUAUUCGUGGUGUUUUUGAUGGUGUCAUUGAGAAUAUGCAUCUGCAUUGGAAGCAUAGAGAAUUGGUGAAACUUAUAACGAAACAAAAAACUCUUGCUUUUGUGGAAGACACGGCAAGGCUAUUGGAGUUCGAGAGUGGUGGAAUAUUAGUAGCAAUAGAAAGUGUGCCGAAAGGCUAUGCUCUUAUAUAUUAUCGUGGAAAGAAUUACCAGCGACCCAUCAGCCUGAGGCCAAGGAACCUUCUCACGAAGGCAAAAGCAUUGAAACGUUCUGUUGCCAUGCAACGGCAUGAGGCACUAAGUCAACACAUUUCUGAGCUGGAGCGCACGAUUGAGCAGAUGAUGAAGGAAAUAGGUGACUCUUGUGAGAUAGAGAGUGAAGAUCCCUGGAGGUCCAAAGGAAAUGGCAAGUUUGAUGAAGUAUCAAACUUGAUACAGAGUGAAGAUGAUGGUCCAACAUCUGGUCCUGAUGAUGUUGAUGGCAGUGAUUGGGAAAACGAUGAAGAAUCUGACCUUACUUUGGAUUUGUGAUGAUCCUUUGAAAAGAACUUCAUAUUUGUGCUGAAGGCAAGUCGAGAGGCACUUUGGGCAUUGCCUCUGUACCUUCGGCUGAGCCAGUCUUUGUAAGUGGAUCUGCUCUCUCUCAUUUCUCUCGCGCACUGAGGGUGGUGGAAGUACUUGCAUUCGCAAUACUUGGAAUGCCCGGGGUUGACCUGUCAACUUAAUCGACUGGGACGAUGUUGCUGCUACACGGAAGAGCUUCAUAGGUGUUGAUCACAGGGUAUGUGUUUUGCCUUAUGAACCGGUCAGAUUCCAUGCCAAGCCCACCGUGGCUACUGCUAGUAGCUGCCUUUUUAGUCUAAUCCCAGACCGAAAUUUUCCGAUAAUCUGCCUUCAUUCCUUGGUGAGGUAAUCAGUGCAAGUUAGCUCGGUGGAGAGAUGCAUAGAUUCUAUUAGUUCUAUCGAAAAAGGGAAUAGACAUCACUGUAAAUUUCACAAAAGAGUUGUGAUUAACCAAUUUUAUCACGUGGUAAUUUCUCUUUGAUAUCC